GGCAUUGAUAUCAGCGAUCAACAGAUCCAUGAGAUGGAGCAGAACUGCGAGAACAUUGACUUCGAGUUCGUGGCCGAGGAGGAGAAGAAGACUCGUCACGAUGUGAUGGCACACCUCAAUGAGUUCGCCUCCAAGUGUCCCAAUGCGGCGAAGAUUAUCCAUUUGGGAGCCACGAGUUGUUUUGUGGGCGACAACACGGAUCUCAUUCUCAUGAAAGACGCGUUUAAUAUAAUUUUGCCGAAACUCAGUCGUUGUGUCCACCGAUUGGCUAAUUUCGCGCAACAGUACAACUAUUUGCCAACUCUUGGCUUCACUCACUUCCAACCGGCGUCUAUGACUACAGUCGGCAAACGCGCCACUCUUUGGAUCUAUGAUCUGCUCAUUGCGCUCAAGAAUAUGGAGAGAACCAGAGAUAACCUGUCUUUCAGGGGAUGUAAGGGCACGACUGGCACUCAGGCGUCGUUUUUGCAGAUUUUCAAUGGCGAUGAGACUAAAGUCAAACAAUUGGAUCAAUUGGUGACCCAAAUGGCGGGAUUCCAAAAGGCAUAUCCUGUCACUGGACAGACAUAUUCACGUCUUGUGGACGCGGAAGUGUUGACCAGUCUGUCACUAUUGGGCGCUGGAGUUCACAAGAUAUGCACUGAUAUUCGUCUUCUGGCGAACAGAAAAGAAAUCGAAGAGCCCUUCGAGAGCACACAAAUCGGUUCCUCUGCUAUGCCUUACAAACGCAAUCCAAUGAGAAGCGAGCGCUGCUGUUCACUGGCCAGACAUCUCAUGACUUUAGUCACCGAUGCCCUCAACACUGCCUCAACUCAAUGGCUCGAAAGAACUCUUGACGACAGCGCCAAUCGUCGCAUCUCUCUUCCCGAAGCAUUCUUGACGGCCGAUAUCGUGUUAACCACUUUGCAAAACGUGACCGAAGGCAUAGUCGUAUACCCGGCCAUUAUUAACAAACAUAUUCGAGAGGAAUUGCCGUUUAUGGCCACUGAGAACAUAAUUGUAGCGAUGGUUAAGUCUGGAGGCAAUCGACAGGUGUGUCACGAGAAGAUACGUGUCCUCUCACACGAGGCCGCAGAACAGGUCAAGAGAUACGGAAAGAACAACGAUUUGAUUGAUCGCGUCAAGAAUGAGCCCUAUUUCAGACCCAUUAAGGACCAAAUAGACUCUCUUAUGGAUCCCAAGACAUUCAUCGGCAGAGCUCCCAAUCAAGUGCUUGAAUUCAUUGAACAUGAG